UUGACCAGCUUUAUAAGUUUCAGACACUGUGAGGACAUUUGACCACACUGACAGGAGUGUGUCUGUGUGAUUAAAGUGGAUUAGUGUGUGCUGGGGAGCAGCAGCAGUCGGAGGCGAGCAGCAGGCGGCUGGCAGCUCUGAGAUACAGAAAGCGAGCUGGAGAUCACAGGUGACAUCAUCAGCAGGUGACAUCCUUCCCAUGGUGCCCUGCAGCCUCAGGGGUCACCAUGGAAGACCAGUCUUUCCCAGAAUGCCAAGCUCAGGAGCUGUUUGAUGAAUUUGUAUCAGCAUCAACCUGCAGGGCGGCAAUGCGCUCCUUCAGCCAGCUUUGUGAACAUCUGCAGCUGGACCCGAGCACUGCCGAAAGGCCACUGUACCGACCGAUUAAACGCCGCCUCAACUACUGGAGGGCGAAUGGUCUGUGGGCCAAGCUGGACCGGAGGGGGGCGCAGGAGGAGUACCAGAGGGCGCGAGCCUGCAGCGAUGUGACUUGUGUUAUCAUUGGCGCAGGGCCUUGCGGUCUGCGGACAGCAGUGGAGCUGAGCUUCAUGGGCGCUCGAGUGGUGCUGCUGGAGAAGAGGGACACCUUCUCCAGGAACAACGUGCUCCACUUAUGGCCCUUCACCAUCCACGACCUGCGGGGCCUCGGUGCCAAAAAGUUCUAUGGAAGGUUUUGUGCCGGCUCCAUCGACCACAUCAGUAUUCGCCAACUGCAGCUUGUCCUGCUGAAGGUCGCCCUGCUCCUGGGGGUCGAAGUUCAUGUCAACGUGGAGUUUAAAAAGCUGGUGGAGCCAGCAGAGGACCAGCACAGACACAAGCUGGGCUGGAGAAUGGAGGUGAGUCCAAAGAAUCACCCUGUGAGUCAGCUGGAGUUUGAUGUAAUAAUCGGAGCAGAUGGACGCAGGAACACACUGCCAGGUUUCAGGCGUAAAGAGUUCAGGGGGAAGCUUGCCAUCGCCAUCACAGCAAACUUCAAGAACAGAAACACCACAGCUGAGGCCAAAGUGGAGGAGAUCAGCGGUGUGGCAUUCAUCUUUAACCAAAGGUUUUUCCAGGAGCUACGACAGGAAACUGGGAUUGACUUGGAGAAUAUUGUGUACUACAAAGACGACACACACUAUUUUGUGAUGACGGCAAAGAAACAGAGUCUAUUGGAAAAAGGAGUCAUUCUGCAGGAUUUUGCAGACACAGAGCUGCUCCUCUCUCGAGGGAACGUUGACCAGAAUGCAUUGCAGGCUUAUGCCCGUGAGGCUGCAGACUUCUCCACCAAUCACCAGCUGCCAGCUCUGGACUUCGCCAUGAAUCACUAUGGUCAGCCUGAUGUUGCCAUGUUCGACUUCACCUGCAUGUAUGCAUCAGAGAACGCUGCUAUGGUUCGCCAACGCCACGGACACCAGCUGCUGGUCACACUGGUUGGAGACAGCCUGUUGGAGCCCUUCUGGCCAAUGGGGACGGGAGUCGCUCGAGGGUUUCUGGCAGCACUGGAUUCGGCUUGGAUGAUACGAAGUUGGGCUCAGGGCGCAGCUCCUCUGGAUGUCCUGGCUGAGAGAGAGAGUUUGUACCGUCUCCUCCCUCAGACGACUCCAGAGAACAUGCAAAAGAACAUCACUCUGUACUCUGUAGAUCCAACAACAAGAUACAUGAACACCAGCCCUUUGACCGUCACACCUGCCCAGGUGAGGCACCUGGUUGACACAGGAGAAGAGGCGGGGCUAACCACAGAUUGCAGUGAUAUCAUCCGGCUCCCCUCCCCAAGAUACAUCAGACAGGAAUCCUUCUCUCAAUCCAAUCAGCUGCUGACUUGGUGUCAGGAACAGACUUGUGGUUACCAUGGUGUUAAUGUUACUGACCUGACUACUUCCUGGAGGAGUGGCCUUGCCCUGUGUGCUCUUAUCCACCGAUACCGACCUGAUCUGAUAGACUUUGAUUCUCUGGACAAGUCGUCAGUGGAAGAAAACACUCGACUCGGCUUUGAUGUGGCUGAACGAGAGUUUGGGAUUUCUCCAUUGAUGACGGUGGAGGAAAUGUCGUCUGUGGAAGAGCCGGACUCUCUGUCGAUGGUCAUGUACCUGAGUCAGUUUUACCAACUGCUCAAAGACUCGCCGCCCCCUGCAGGCUGCCUGAGGCACAUCACUGACCUGCGAUCAGCUCUCAUUGCUCCCGCCUCCCUCCUCAGCCGACUGGGAACCAGUUUGUCCAGGAAGAGAAACCCAAAGGAGCAUGGGGAGGCAUUGGGUAAAAGGAGGAAGACCAGUCAGCAGAGGCGAGAGCAGCAGGAGUCAUGUGACCUGAAUGGUGAUGUUGAGAGCCAGUCAUUUGAGGAGGAGUUUGUGGGUGGGGCCAGUCGAUCCAGAGUUCGUUUAAUGGCCAAUCAGCUACAGGCAAAGCUGGAUGAAAGUUCAUCUACCUGCAGGACAUCUUCUUCUCCUGCUUCUGCUGAUUUCUGUCGACAAGUCUCUUCCAGCUGCAGUCACAUCUGUUUCUUCUGUAAGCAGAGGGUUUAUGUGAUGGAGCGUCUCAGUGCCGAGGGCUUGUUCUUCCAUCGCAGCUGCUUCCAGUGUGGUUCCUGCAGCAGUCCCCUCCGCCUGGCCUCGUACACAUAUGACCAGCACGCCGGGAGGUUUUACUGCCUGCGCUCCGAAUGUCACCUAAGCGCUCCAGCCGUGAGGAAGAGGCCGACGCCGUCUGACAGAGCUGCAUCACACCGAACGUCAAUCGGGUCCCAGAGCUCGGCGCCAUCUCUGUCUGACUCUCUGAUCUCAGCAGGCCGCCGUCCAUCCUCAGCUGCUUCUCUACUGGCGGUGACGCCGGAGAGGAUCGAGCUGGAAAUCUGGCGCCGGAGCUCAGAGGCGGAGCUGCAGGAGGAGCUGGAGGAGGUUUCUGAGGAGGUCCUGAACCUAUUCAACCUGAGCACCGACAAUCAGACGGGGUCCAGGUCCAGAAGUUCAGAGUCAGACAUGGAGGAGGAGGCAGAGGGAGGAGGCUGUGUAACCUCAGAUGAGACGAGAUCUUCAUCGAGAGAAACUCUGCAGCUUUACCUGAGAGUCCAGGAGGAGGAGGAGGAGGAAGGCAGUGACAUGGAGUCCAGCGAUGAGGGGGAGUACGACCCCUGGGAGAUGGAGCGCCGCUCGGGCUUAUGGCUCCUGUUAGAGGAGGAGACAGAGGUGGAGCUUCCUCCUCACAGCUCUGACACACCUGUUCAGCCUGACUCCACCUCUUCCAUGAACUCAUCUGUGACUCCACCCCCUGUCGCCACCACCGCCAGCACAGCCUCCUUCAUCACCACACCUGACUCCCUCACAGUGAGGACGGAGCCAGAGCACCACUCACACCUGCCGUUGUCAUGGAGACACCUGCUGCCAGUGGGCGGGGCUCAUUUGACAACAUCACGCCUGAACUGCCGCAAAAUAGGCCCCUCCUCCUGCAAGAGAAAGGGGAGGGGUCAGAGGAGGACCCAGGGACAUUUAGGAGGAGGAGGAGGAGGGGACGGCGAGAAGCUCAUAGCCUGCCCCCUAGACUCCUCUUCCCCCCCCUGCAGCCUGGGGGCAGGGCUCUCCUCUUUAAGAUGCUCAGAGAGGCUCCUCCCCCUGGGCAGAGAGCUGGGAGGGGUUGGAGCCAGAAAUCUAUUAAAGACUGUGUUUUCUGGAAACAAGAAUGAGGAGAAGAAGAAGGGGGGCAGGACUUUACCUGCAGAGAGGGUGAAGGAGAAAACAGCCAGUCAGAGAUUCACAGAUGUGAGAGCAGAGGUGUCAGAUCUUGAUUCAUCCACUGUGUUGCAGAGAUGUUCCCUGAAGCCCCAAAACAACCUGCGUUUGGAGUUGCUUGACCUGACCAAUGAAAUUCAGAGGGUUGCCAUCGAGGAGGAGGAGAACCAGGAGCCGCCAUACGUUCCUCACGCUGUGGCUUUCAAACGAUCAUACGCCAUCAAGAGACGCCCUCUGAGAGACAGAGUCCCGCUACAGGACUCUGACGGCCAGUCUUCCUGCCCCACGGAGGUGGUGGGGGUCCUGGUCCAGCCGAAGGAGGCAUCCAGUUUGAGCGUGAAGGAAACCAUGUUCCAGAGGGAGUGUGAGGACGACGAUGACGACCUGGACACCAGAAUCACGCGACGGGUUCAGAGAGCCGCAAGGAGACAGGCCAAACAAGAAGAACUGAAAAGACUCCACAAGGCCCAGAUGAUCCAGAGGCAGCUGCAGCAGGUGGAGGAGAAGCAGAGGCAGCUGGAGGAGAGAGGAGUGAUGGUGGAGAAAGCUCUGAGAGGAGAAGCAGAUUACUGGGGAGAAUCCAGCCAAAGCGCAGACAUGGAGCUUCACCUGGGAGGGCUCGGGAAACUGGAUAAUCCGCCGCUGAUGCAGCAGUGGUUCCUGCUGGUCCAACAGAAGAACGCUCUGGUCCGAUAUGAAGCUGAGCUCAUGAUCUUCGCUCGAGAGCUGGAGCUGGAGGACCGGCAGAGUCGUCUGCAGCAGGAGCUCAGAGAGAGGAUGGCUGUGGACGACCACCUGAAGGACGAAGAGCAGCUGGCUGAGGAGCGUCUGAUCCUGGAGGAGAUGCUGGAGGUGGUUGAGCAGAGAGACUCUCUGGUGUCCCUGCUGGAGGAGCAGCGACUGCAGGAGCGACAGGAAGACAGGGACCUGGAGCAGCUGAUGGUGUCCGGAGGACUGGGACUCACCUGGACCUGAGGCAGUCAGACUUUCUGUCUCACCUGUCAGAGGUCUUUUAUUUGCCUGCCUGCGGGGAUGAGAUGUGUAAAACUGCAAACUGUCAAGUUGACCUGAGGAGACUCUGCUUUAGUGCAUGUAAACUGUCCAGUUGGAGAGAAACAAUUACACUUAUUAACUUUUUAAAAUGGAUUCAUAAAAACUACCCACGAGCAGAAACAGGAUGUCUUACUCUGAAAUCAGCUGACCUCUAAUGUUUCCUUAGAGGUUAGAGUCAUCAGAGCAACUUGAUGGAUUAAAUCCAGCAGAACCCAAACAGAUACAGGAUGGUCUGAAUUGAACCAUCUAAUCAGGUGUGAUGAUGUCAUUUACCCCAGAGAAGAUGAGAAAACCUCCACUUUUCUGACUGCAGGAGUUAGCAUUAAUGCUAACAACCUGCAUUCGCUAUAGUGAUGGAACACUGACAUGGCUGCUAGCCAAUACCAUGCUACUGCUACUGCUAACCAGCUACCAUAACCCACUGAGCUAGCUGUGUUGCUAGCUGGAGUAAAAGUAAGCUAAUCUAAAUGAAGAGGUGUUUGUGCAGCUUGUCCUGCUGCAGAGUUUAAAUAUUUCUAACUCCUCUAGAGAGGACACAAGAAGUCAGCUCAUGCCACAAAAGAAGUCACCAAAGGUGGACUUUAGCUCUCAAUGCUGAGCUAUCUUAAAACUCCAUUCUUUCUACUGACAACAGGGGUAGACUCCUCUGACCUGAGCUCAGUAAACUCUUUCCUGAGGAGUUUACAGUCUCAGAUGCUGGUUUGAAGUCAGACCAUGGGGGGCAGUGCUAAAACAGCUUGAAACUGAGGUCCAGUUUAAGAUAAAGAAGGAUUAUUUUAAAGAUCGAUUAUGCAAAGCUGCCCUAGCAGAGUGUGCAAAUAAAAACUUGGAGCUGGUGAUGGUCCAAUCAUCUGUGGAUCCACAAUCUAAUCAAUAAUCACCUCUUUCACACAGAUUUGAAGAGAAGAAUACAAUCCACAGCAAACGAGUAUCCUUUAUAGGGAUCAGAAUUUAGCAAUUAGAUUCCAUAUCGAUUCUCAUUUGCUCCAUUUUAAUAGUCAUCACCAUGGCUAAGCAGCAUAUCAAAUGCAUUAUAUUCAUGCAUUUGCAUAUUACAUGCUGUGUGUCAAAUGUUAGAAUACAGUAGAAUAGAAUAGCCCUUUACUGUCAUUGUCAUACAUGCACAACAAAAUUGUGGAGGCUCCACCCCAGCUGUCAGGAAUAAAAUAUAAAAACUAGACAGCAAGAGUUCAAGAAUUCAAAAGCGGGCUCAAUAGGCAGGCAGACUAAUGAAUCAAAUUAAUUCUACUAGAAACUGGUCGUCUACAAGAACUGGAUCUCGAUACCCAUUCCUAAUAUUUAGAUAUUAAAACAGAGUAUUUAAACCCUUUGAGACCAAACCCUCUGGUCUCAUAUCACUGUUUUAAAAACUCUUUUAUAAAGUUUAGGCACUCUUAAUUAAGCUAACACUUGCUAAAGAUGUUUGAGCAUUUCACAAACAGCAUUUGUGGCCCUUUAGUAACUCAGGUGACUCCUGAUGAUGGCUGGGACCUGUGGACGUGGUUUUUGACUCAAAAAGUUUUUUUAACGAAAACUUUAAUAUUUAAUAAAAAAUGUUUUAAAACAUCUGAUGAACCAUGUGACCCAGCCUCAAUGACAUUUUUAUUUAACUGAUUAUUGAUUGUGCCAUCAGAUCACCUGUGUGCCUUACCUGCCACCUGAUCAAUAACAUGUGUUCAUGCAACGAUGAUGGUUAUUACUGUAACUCUGACUCUGUGCUGUGAAAUAAACCUCUCAUUUCUGACA